AUGCCUCCUCGAAAACGUGCUCGCGGCGGCAUCCAGACCGGAUCGUCGUCUGCACGCACGCCUCCAGCCCGCAACGACGACGCUAUGGACAUUGACACGCCGGAAAUGGGCAACGAGGAGGAAGUGGCGUCGUCACCUGGAAAGGAGGACGAGGGGCCUAACUACAACGAUUGCUGGACCGACGACCAGGUAGCCUCGCUGUUCAAGGGUGUCAUCCGAUGGAAGCCAGCCGGUAAGUUCACCGAUGCCUCCAACCGGCCCGCUACAUGUCGCCUGUUGUUGCUGAUGAUGGCUGACUUUUGUAUCCGACUGUUUACGCCUCUCCCAGGAAUGCACAAGCACUUUCGCAUAAUAGCGAUAUCCGAGCACCUACGCAACCACGGCUUCGAUCCAGACCACUACAAGCACACGCGCAUCCCGUACAUCUGGCAAAAGCUGCGAAGCUACUACAACCUCGACAUGAUUGACGAGCGCGAGGCUCUGGACGAUGACGAGCCUGAGGAUAGAUAUGUCGAGUUUUCCCUGCCUCGGGCCGACUUCUACGAAGCCAUGAUGCAGCGCGCACUGGCCAACCUGAGCGAGGCCCCCACGUCGCCUCCAGAGCUUGACGUGGAAGGGUCGACGCCAGCUCCCACGCCAGCUACCAGUGCCACCACGACAGCCGCUGCGGUGAGAUCGUCGCCGCUGCCACUGCCCAGCAACAGCAACAAGAGGCGAAAACGCGCCGACACGGUGUCCAGGACGAGGGCCACGUCGCGCGACGGCACAGAGGAGGCUACGGAUGCCCAGUCGACGGCUGGGCGGUCUCGCGGCUCGAGAGGCAGGACCAGGGCUGCUAGUGCCGCCAAGGUCGAGAAGGCUGAGACGACAGAGGAAGAACAGGAAGAAGAAGAACAGGAGCAGGAUGGCGAGGAGGGGGAGGCCGAAGAUACAAAUGAGGAGAGCGAGUCAGACGAUGAUGGCGACGAUGACGACGACGAUGAUGACGACCAGCCGGAAAGUGAUGAGGAGACUGCGGCAAAGCCGUCGAGACCGACGCGUGGCGGUGCAAGAGGCCGUGCGGCAAGGGGCAGGGCAAGGGGUGGGCGACGGAGGGCAAGGUAA